GGUGUAUUUUAAGCGCUAGUAUUUUCGAUUAGAACAGCCAGGGCUGGGUUGUUCCAAUAAAGAAAUUUGUCCGUCUGUCAGACCAACAGAUAGUGCCAUAGGUUUAUUUGACAGUGGAUUUAUUAGCAAGGAUUUGUCCCAAACGAAAGAUGCUGGUGUGGUAUUUGGUGUUGCUGAUAGGCCUGGCGCACAUUUCCUGGGCUCAAGAGGACUGUGACCCUUUAACAGCCUGUCCCUCAGAUGAUGUUGCCAUUCUUCCCACGAACAACCAGAAUGCCAAUGAACACUACUACAUAGGCAGCAUGUUUUCUGUGCACAAUGAGGGUACCACUCCGUAUGAGUGUGGCAACAUUCGCACGCGGAGCUUUGUCAACAUGGAGGCCUUUUUCUGGGCAAUAAGGAAGUACCAGGCUUCAGCAGGGCUUGGCAACCAGGUGUCUGUGGGUGGGUUUGCCAUGGACUCCUGUGGCCGAAAGGAGAGAACAGUUGAAAAUGUGUACAGCUUUGACACAUGUAGAUCCUACUACACUGGUAUCAGCCCGCGCAACACAGUCGCCUUUGUCGGUCCUGACCGCAGCGGCUCAGCUAUUGAGGCAGCUGCCCUGAUGCACGAUUUGAGGCGCACCCAGGUCUCAGCUGCUGCCACCUCUCCCAUGCUCAGCAGUGAUGAUUAUGGCUUCUUCCUGCGUACCGUGCCAUCGGACGCUGUGGAAACUCUUGUCAUGGCCAAACUGCUCAAUUUCAAGGGCAUCAAAUAUGUGCAGGUGUUGUAUGAAGAUACUGAGUACGGCAUGGGGUUGUUUGAAGCCUUCCAAGAGAACGCAAAAGCCCAAGAUGUCUGUGUCACCCAGUCCUCAAUGAUUGACGACAAUGUUGCUGCCUUCCUAAAGAGGAGCUUUGACACCAAGAUUGUCAUUGUUCUUGCUGAUAAUUCCCACGCAAGAAAAGUUCUCGAGCAAGUCAACAUCGACUCUGCAAUCCAGAACAGGAUGGUUUUUGUGGGAACUUCUUCCUGGGGAAAGAAUACAGAUGUGAUCCAGGGACUUACAGCAGAAAACUCCAUCACUGUCAUGCUGAACACUGAGAGCUAUGAAAACCUUGCUGAUGUUGAUGAGUUUUGGAACUACUUCUACUCCCUUAAGCCAGGCAGUAGUACAACAACUAGCCGCAACAACCCAUGGUUCAACCAGUUUUGGGAGGAGAUGUUCGACUGUCGCAUUGACCUUAACACAUGUGACAUCCCCAACCAGAAUCUGCGAACCAAGGUUCCCAAGGGCGACACCUACAUUCCAUUCACCUUGAUGGCCAUAGACUCCAUUAUUCGGGGAGUGCGGGACGCUGCUACCAAGUACUGCGGGAAUGUCCGACCCUGCUCAGAUCUUCUCAAUAUUGACCGUGGUCUUAAACUCUUCAAUUACACACUGAGGUCAACAGAUGCCAAUCAAAACAGAUUCUUCCAAAACAACGGAGAAGCUGCCCCCUUCUACCAGAGAUACAAGAUUGUCCGCAUUGCUAAUGGCACAUACCAAGAUGCGAUGACAUACAUCACAGAGAGGAAUGGAAAUACUGGUUUCUCUGGCCAGUACACAUUCCCUGUCAACUCUGGAUGCAAUGAGGACCCAUGCCGUGUCUGCGGUGAGACCCUGGACACAACUGUGGCCCCUCUGUCAAGCUCAACCACACCCAUGCCCGACAGCAUUAACUACCUCGCACACAAGGAUGCUUUCUACAAGGCUCUGUAUGGUGAAAUCAUGUCUGACUUCAGGGAACCCAUUCUCACAAAAGCAUUCAAGAUGAACCAGGAAAUCACUGGUGUCUGGGGCCGCUCUGAGAUGCAGGAAAGGCUUCCCGGGGAAGACAAGACUAGAUUUGAAAUCGGACAGGACUGGAUCAUUGCUCUUGGUGUUUGCGCUGGACUUGGCAUUGUUUGUGUGCUUGUUUUCGAAAUCUACAUUCUGUACAAGUUGAUGGGCACAAAGAUGGGCAACCAUUGGAGAACCAUGUGGCUUGGGCAGCUUCUGCUGCUGGGAAUUUUCUUGUCUUUCCUUGUUUGUUUUGCCUAUUUGCCAACACCGAACAAGGCUACCUGUGGCAUUACACGUUUUGGUGUAGGUCUUGCUUACAGUAUCUGUUUUGCUGUUCUGUUGGUGAAGUUAAUGGUUCUGCUCACAUCUAAAACCACUGCCGAUACUCUGCUCCCAGGUGAUGUUGAUUCUCCAAACUACCUCCGCGGUAUUUACCAGUUCCUCAUGUUUAUGUUCAUUGUUGGUGUCCAGGUUGUCAUUGGUGCCAUGUGGCUCAUCUUGAUUCCACCAGAGGCUGUCAAGGUCACCAGUAACAAUGGUGACAUGGUCUGGAUUUGUAAUCACUAUACCUGGACCUUGGAAAAUGAAUUUGGUUGGUCGAACAUGACCACUUUUGUUCGUACAAAUUUUGAGAAUCAUCUCAUUUCUCUUACCUAUAUUAUGUUCCUAAUCCUCCUUACUGUAGUAAUUGCUAUGAAGUCCCAUGGUAUAAUCACCAAUCAUAGGGAGAGCGUGUUUAUUGGAAUUUCUGCCGGGUUCUCCGUGCCAGUCUGGAUUGCCUGGGGCCUGGUUGGAAGUCUUAACAAGGACCACCAGUAUGCCCAGGAGUUCUCUGAUGCAUGUGAGGCAUUUGGCCUUCUCAUCACUGCAGCAAUCAUACUGUUUUCCAUGUUCCUGCCGAAGGUACGGCAGCUUGUCAACAUGGGUGUGGAGGGCAUCUAUCUCGAGGAUGAUCGUGACACCUACUAUGCUGGUUCAGUUGUGAUGGCGCCACCAAGCUACAAGAGCAGGCCAAGCUCAGUAGUGUAUGUCAACGGAAAUGGCUACAACGAGCCCGUUGUCCUUGGAGAGUCCAAUGCUGUCCACUUGAAGCACCCAGGAAGCACAUACAGUGCACCAGUCUAUGUAAAGCGCCCUGGAGACUCAAUUAGCCGGGGCAGUGGGAAAGUUUUGAGGAUGACUGGAGACCUGACGGGAAAACACCCACGGGAAAACAGGAAGUCCACCUCGGAGGCCGGAUAUGUGUACACUGGCUCAGGAUACGGGGGUACCAUGAGGAAGUCACGAUCCGAGAGUGGCGGGGGCACACUUAGACGUGCCCAUUCCACCCAGGAUCUAGGAGCUCUGUGAGGACCCAACCCCUUUAGUUGUGUCAACUACCGGGGAUCAACAUAGCAUAAUGUGGUGACACUUCAUUAAUACUCACACUCGCUUGAGAAGUAACUAGAGCUAGAACUGUAAACCAAAAUUCAGUGGACUUAAAAAUAAUAAUAUGAAAAUGAAAUAAUUGCCUGGUGUUUCUAUUUAAUAGUAAUUUAAUGGCUUUUUAUUUGUAAAUUUAAUAUUUGUGAAACCUCUUGUUAAAGUUUAAUUUCCCUUUUCAUUAUUUUGCCAUAGUUUCCAUUCAGUAGUUCAAUGGAUGGUGUUCAGUCAUGAUCCUAAUUAUCUAAAUGCUGUCAUGCCUCCAUUUCUUUUUUAAAUCUUGCAUUUAAGUUGAAAGCUUACUCGUUUUGGUUUUGUGCUUUUGUGCUUUUGUGCUUUUGUCCAAUUAAGUCCAAGUUUUAAAUUAUAAUACAAAUCUAGAUACUGAUACAUACAAGUGCUAUCAGAUAUAAAAGUCGUAAUAGCAGAACUGUGUUAAGUGUAGUAAUUGAAGCAAUUGACAGGAGAUUGCAACUUGGCUAUAAUAAUACUGAACACUGUAUACUGUACAUUGAAAAUUUUGUUUGGAGUGUUAAUGACGUCCAAAGUUUGGAAAGGUUUUCCUUUUUGUUAAUUGUGUAUAGAUUAGUUUUUAAUUGUUUGUCUAAACAAUGUUCCGAUCAGUUUAUGCACUGUAUACACCAAGGUUGAAAGGAUGGUGAUAUAAGUAGUGUUUUUCCUUUCAAACCAGUUACCAGUUAAUUACAAAUAAUGUGCAAAACCAAACUGCUUGUAGAAUAGAAUCUACACUUCAAUGUGUACUUGCACUAUCAGUUAGAUGUACAUUGUAUGAAUAGGAUAAUAUACCCCAAUACUGUGUUAUAGCCAACAUUUGGAAAUGAGACAAUGGUACAUUAUUAUUGGUUUUAGUGUAUAUAAGGAGAGAGAUGCGUGUUAGAGAUAAUUGUACUUUUAAGUAUGGCUGAAAUUGCUUGGAUGCUUUUGCUGUAUGGCAAUAAUGUGAACCUGUUUAAUUGUGGAACUAAAAGACCACUAUUCUCCACAAAGAAGAAUGUGCCACCAUAACACGCCACCAUAAGGUCACCAUUUUCUAAUAGAUACUAAUCGACUAUUCUUGUCCCUGCUUACCCAAUGUUUGUUAUUUUAAUGUAUUUGACUAAGUUACUAUGCAUGUGUACAAGACAGAAUGUGUGUGUUGUUUUUCAUGACAGAAUAUUUGUCUCAUUCUGAGCUUAUUAUAUUUUUGUAUUCAUGUGUAUUUCUGAUGAAUUAUAAAUACAAUAUAUUUAACUUA